GUAGGCAGAUGUUUCCUAAAUCCCCUGAAGAGGUCCUUUCUACCUGUUAGUGUUGCAUAUUUAAAGGCAUACCACCGCUUGGCAGUACUUAGUCGAACAUUUCCGCUUCAACAGCCCACAUACUUAAGAAUAUGGAGUCAUUAUUGUUUCAGUUGAAUACUUGCAGUGAGCUGAUUGCAGAAGGUUACAGCAGCACGGGCAACAUUGGCUGGUUAAACGAGUUCUGCGCCACCUUUCUUGACUUUGCCAGCGAUUUAAAGGCCAGACUGCCGGAAGUUGCUCCCAGCGGCGCCAACUUGGAUGUGGAGACCAUCUUUCUCUGCCUCACUCAGGUGGUCACCUGUAUCACCCAUUUGGAGCGGGCCAUCAAUAUUGAGGCGCCGCAGAUGACCAGGCAGCACUUUCUCGAUCGCUUGGACUGGUGUCUCCGCCGACUGCUCAUAUCCUUGACGCAACUGGAAACCAACGUAGCCACAGCCAAGAACCUGGAGGAUCACUCGUUUGUGGAGCUAAUGGAUCUGGCUCUGGACCACCUGGAUGAUUACAUGGAGAAGCUGGCUCAGCGGAGCAAUAACUCGCUGCACAUUCUUGAGGAGAGCUUCACGGAGGACAGCUACCAGUUGGCCAGCAUAGUGAAUCACAUAGUACGCCACGCCCUGGCCUUUGCCAAUGUGGCGAUUAAAUCGGACAAGAAGGCCUUAACUGCUCUGUGUGAGACGUUACUCAGCGAAUGUGCCACCUUCCAUGAGGAGUCGGGAGAUCCCAACAGUGGUCAUCGUAAGCUUGAGGCCCUCUCCCUGGAACGGGCGCUGUAUGCCUUGGAAUCCUUCCUAAAUGAGGCACUGCUACACCUGCUCUUCGUCAGUUUAAUAGAGCUGGAUAAUACUUCUGUCGAAAGGUUGAAGGAAGACUUGCAAAAGGAUCCUGAAGGUGCUCAGGAAUUAAUCUCCACUUUCGACAUCAACAUGGAUCGCAUUCAGCAGAUUGGGGUGCUGGCCAUAGCCUUUUCGCAAGACAUCAAGACCAAGACCAUUGUGAGGAGCUGCCUGGCUUCCUUGGAAUCCCUGGAUGCCUGUAUCGUCCCAGCUCUUCAGUUACCAGAGUCCGUUUCAUUCUCACACCACGCGGACAUCCUGCAGGAACAUUUCAACCAGGAGCUGCUGAUCUUUCGGAACGUCAUUCACGAAAUCAUUGACAGUUGCUCCCUGAUCAACAACUAUCUGGAUAUGCUGGGUAAAAGUAUCCAAGUUCAGGAGAAGAGUCAUCUAAUGGUGAUUGUCCAGAGGGGCUGUGUUUUGGUUGAGCACUUCCGGUUGCCGGUUAAUUAUUCAGGUCUCAGUGAAGAUGGCAAGCGGGUCCACAAGGAUCUCAUCCUAAUCCUGCGGGAGUGCCAGGCCGUGGUUAGCCUGGACAUUUCGGUGGACCCCAAGCGCGUCGUGAAACGUCUUAAGAUACUGUACUCCGUUCUGGCCAAGCUAAGGGACUUGAUAAGCAAGGAUAACCUGGAACCUGACUGUUCAGUCGUCACUCAAGGUCAGAUUCCUUGCAAUGUCACCCGAACUUUUGUACGAAACAGUCGAUCCGUAUCUAAAAGACACCGAUCCUUCGUAAAACAGAGCGGAAAUUGCUCAGUUUUUGGCCCGCAGGACACAUUUGUCGAAUCCCUUAAUAAUGAUAGCGAUCUUAUAAGCUUUCAGAUCACCGAAAUUCUCAGAUUAAAUUAAACUUGACAAAUCAUAUUAUAAAAUAAGUAUGUCAUUAAAUAAAGAUAAUCUUUAAAUUUGUAA